UCCCCCAGCAUGUUUUCCCCUUCUAACAGACCAUCUGAUAAUCCAUACCGUUCAUCUCGAAAUCCCGACUAUGGAUGGUUCAUUUGGAAAGAAAAUCUGACCAAUCAGGGAUCUUAUCCUCCAUAAAGAGUGGCUUAGAAACAACGGUCCAGAAAAGCAGUUCCUAGCUCAUGUCAGAGUGAACAAUGAGGAUCUCUGAGCAGUGAAAUUUUCUUCAAGUAGACAAAAUACGAUAAGAGUUUCUAUGUGAACGGUCUGGAUCAUCACGUGGUGGGGCAGACGUGGCGAGCCUUGGUAGCAAACCUCUUCAAAAGAGAAGCAAAAAACCCGGGCUUCCUCCGAUUCGCCCGCGAAAGCCUGGAAACAUCACAAAAUCCCGAUUUUAGGAGAUUUCGAGUUCUUAUUCUACUCUGACAAUUUCGAUUUCCUCUCCAUCUUCACUUCCUAUUUUUUGUAAUUAUAAUUAAUUGCUUCUAACGACUGAGAGAAAUGGAUUUCGGAGCAGUGAUAGAGUUAUCGGGAUUGCAGAAAAAUCGAAGUCUUUAUGUGCCCGAGCUCCCUCCUUCCCUUCAGGGAAGUGCAGUGCAAGCUGAAUUUGGAGAUGCUACUGCUGCUGCUGAUCCCUCAGAUGCUCAGUCAAUUAGUCGAUUGUGUCCUCUGACUUAUGGGCAGCCGUUGAUUCAUUUCUCGACUCCAUCUAAUGAUGUCCCUAAUGGCCACUCUGCGAAAGAAUCACCGCCGACAAUUAGGGUUGGGGUUCUGUUUUGUGGGCGCCAGUCGCCAGGAGGACAUAACGUUGUCUGUGGGCUUUAUGAUGCCAUCAAGUCUCACAAUCCCAAAAGCACUUUGAUAGGAUUUUGCGGGGGAACUGAAGGUCUAUUUGCGCAAAAAACCAUAGAGAUCACAAAGGAUAUUGCAUUGACUUAUCGCAAUCAGGGUGGUUAUGAUAUGCUGGGGAGAACGAAGGAUCAGAUAAGGACAACUGAACAAGUGAAUGCUGCAUUAGCGACAUGCCAAGCAUUGAAGCUAGAUGGGCUUGUGAUUAUAGGAGGUGUCACAUCCAACACUGAUGCAGCUCAGCUCGCCGAGACAUUCUCCGAAGCAAAAUGCCAAACUAAGGUGGUUGGUGUUCCUGUUACCUUAUAUGGGGAUUUGAAGAACCAGUUCGUUGAAGCAAAUGUUGGAUUUGAUACGAUUUGCAAGGUAAAUGCGCAACUUAUCAGCAAUCUAUGCACAGAUGCGCUCUCUGCAGAAAAGUAUUAUUAUUUCAUCCGGCUCAUGGGAAGGAAGGCAUCUCAUGUUACUUUGGAAUGCGCACUCCAAUCCAAUCCAAAUAUGGUCAUCCUCAGUGAGGAGGUUUCCUCCUCAAUGCUCAGUCUCUUUGAUAUAACAAAACAGAUCUGUGAUGCAGUUCAAGCAAGGGCGGAACAAGACAAAUACCAUGGAGUGAUCCUUUUACCCGAGGGCCUCAUUGAAAGUAUACCUGAAGUACAUGCACUGUUGCAGGAAAUACAUGGUCUUCAAAAGAAAGGAGUUCCCAUGGACAAAAUUUUGGCACAAUUGUCACCUUGGGCUUCUGCUUUGUUCGAGUUCUUGCCACCAUUCAUCAAGAAGCAGCUUCUUCUUUUGCCUGAAUCAGACAACUCUGCACAGUUGUCUCAGAUCGAAACUGAGAAGCUUUUGGCUCAACUAGUGGAGACAGGGAUGGACAUGCGAUUGAAGAAUGGCACUUAUAAAGGGAAGAAAUUCAAUUCUAUUUGCCAUUUCUUCGGGUAUCAAGCUCGAGGAUCACUCCCAUCUAAGUUUGACUGCGAUUAUGCAUAUGUUCUCGGUCAUGCUUCUUAUCAUCUUUUAGCAGCUGGAUGUAAUGGUUACAUGGCUACAGUGACCAACCUCAAACAACAUGUCUCUAACUGGCGCUGUGGUGGUGCUCCAUUGACGGCAAUGAUGGCAGUUAAUCGGUUGCUGCAUGGUCCUGGCAUCUCCCCAAUUGGAAAACCAUCUAUUCAUCCGGCUGCUGUCGAUUUGAAAGGAAAACCAUACCAAUUCCUGCUUAGUAAUGCCGAAAAACUCUUGAUGAGUGAUCUUUACCGGAAUCCGGGACCUAUUCAGUUCGAGGGACCCGAUUCAGAGAGCAAGACCAUAAGUCUAUGUGUAGAGGACCAGGACUACAUGGGAAGGAUAAAGGAAUUGCAAGCUUACCUUGACAAGGUGAAAACGAUGGUGAAACCAGGUUGUUCGCAAGAGGUCUUGAAGGCUGCGUUGAGCUCCAUGGCCGCUGUCAUUGAUGUACUCACCCUCAUGUCUUCCCCUAUGUCCAAGGGGCAUAUCCUGUUGUAAGCACAGAUGCUUUACUAUCGCAGUGUCAUUUAUCAUAAUUAUUUUCAUUAGAAGGCAUCUCUCCCUUCUGCAAGAAAUGUUUUACAAUAGUUUCAUACGUAAGAGAUACAGAGUUCUUAUGUUUGACGAGCGAUUCAUUUAUCUAAGACAAUGGUGUAUUAAUUCUCUA